AAAAAUUGUUUAUAAUUUUUGAAAAAAAGGAUAUUUUUACCUUUAUCCCAAAAAAUGUAUAAUUGGUAAAUAAAUAAACCCAUAUUGUUAUUGUUUCCCCUACUUUUCCUCUAAAUAGUCAUGUGACGUAUUCAUAAUAAAAACUAUAACUAAAGGACUGAAUAGAAAGAUUUUAUUAUUAAAAUCUUUUCCAAUCAUUUUGAUUUGGUUGCAAUAUAUUGACUUAACACAACUAUAUAAAAUAUUUUUUUAGCAACUAUUUCUACUUCCGUUUUUUUUUGUGAAGGAAACUCUUUUAUUGUUUUAUUAUUUUUAAUACCUCAACAUUAAAAUAGGUACUUAAAUUUACCAUAUGAUCUAUCCUAACUUAAUUUCUUUUGUUAAUUUAGUUAAGCAGCGUUCGCCUUUUGGCCUUUUAGCCUCCCACAGUGUCAUACAGUUGUCUCUUUCCCACGAACGAUCCUCAGUUCAAAACCACCCAUUAGAUUAACCCAUAAAAAGGUACACCUAAAGGGGGAGGGAUAUGGCUCAUCCCUUAGAGAGAAGGGGACGAUCACCCACCAAUCAGGUGGCCAGAUGGUGUGAACUGGCAUACCUUUAUCAUGAUAGCCCUUUGUAAUAAUUUUUUCGGAUAAAGUUUUUAAUUCUCUGACUGGCCCUUGCAAUAUCAGUUUGCCUUCGGACGUGACGGAUAAAGUUUUGUGUUUAAGUGUAGUAUUUUUUAUGGUGAUUUAUUUAAUUUUUACUGUUUUAAUAUGAUUAGCGCGAGUGGUACCGAGAUGUUACGGUUAGAGCAACAUCAAGCGCAGCAAAUGCAGUUAAAGGUGCAGUGUCAAAGUUCAUCAGGUUCAUCAAGUCGAAUCCUUGAUAUACCUUGCAAGGUUUGUGGUGAUUAUUCUUCAGGAAAACAUUACAAUAUAUUCGCAUGCGAUGGAUGUGCUGGUUUUUUUAAAAGAUCCAUACGUAGAAAUCGUAAAUACAUUUGUAAGGGUAAAGAAGAAGGAUCCUGCAUUAUCGACAAGACCCAUAGAAAUCAGUGCAGAGCUUGUCGAUUAGAAAAAUGUCAAGAAGCCGGGAUGAAUAAAGAUGCAGUUCAACAUGAAAGAGGACCUAGAAAUUCAACGAUACGUAGAGCAAUGUCAACAUUCUUUGAGCAUCAUCAAAGAGCAAACAUUGUAUAUGGAAGUCCAUCUGAGAUGCCUCAAAUGACGUCUUCAGGAGGUAGUGCAGGCUUAGACUUAGUUCUACCCAAAUCUGCUUUAUCACCUCCCUCACAUCUUGAUACUCCUAUAAUCGGAUCCAUAUCUGUUAUGCCAUCGAGUUCAUUUGGAUUUGUUCAUGGGAUUCCAGCGGUGCCUUUUCAGCCACCGAGCCUAAUAAGUCCACCAAUAACUCCACCACCAGCUGUGAUGACCCCCGAAGAUAUCUGCGAAUCUGCUGCCCGAUUAUUAUUCUUAAACGUGCAGUGGACAAAAAGUCUGCCCUACUUUCUAAACCUACCAAUGAGUGAUCAACUAUUGCUCUUGGAAGAAAGCUGGAAAGAUUUGUUUAUUCUUGGGGCUGCACAGUUUCUGCCAAUAAUCGACCUUUCCUCUCUAAUGGAAACUAAUGAAGCUAUAAAAAAAGAAGGAUCAGCCUUGUUUAUUCAACGUGUACAUGAGUUUCAAGAUACCUUAGUGCAAAUGAAACAUUUUCACUUGGAUUCACAUGAGUAUUCUUUUCUACGAGUUAUUUCCUUAUUUCGUCCUGUUGGAUUAGCAGGAAAUGAUGAGUCUAAGGCUUUGCUUGAAGAAAGAUCGGUUCAAAUGAUUUCAAAUGAUGCUCAAAUGAGCCUAAAUAAAUAUCUUACGACAACGAGAUUACACGAUCCGUUGAGAUUUAGUAAAGAGUUUUUGCUAUUAAGUCGAAUAAGGUCUCUAUCAGCUGAAGCUAUUGAAGAAUUAUUUUUCAAAAAAGCUGUUGGUAGCAUUCCAAUAGUGAAGAUUAUUGCUGAUAUGUACAGAUCACAACAACGCUAGUACAGAUGGAAGAAAGAUGGAGGGCUCGCUCUAUUACUACACACUAACAACGGAGCAAUAUUGUAUAGAUUACUAUAUAGUUUUAUGGUACUUUCCAUAAAAAAUAAUGAUUGUUAGUUACUACAAAGUAAUACAGUCAGAACGUCUGUGAUGUUAAUUUUUAAAAAUGAUAAAAUAAUGUUGUUAAAGUAUAUUUAAUUCUGCAGGCAGAAUUGGCAAAUUUGUUAAGGAAAUAUUUUUUUAACAUAAAAGUUUUGAUAAUUAAUUUACUACAAAGUAAAUAAAACACAUCUGUGAUGAUAAGCGACAUUUGCCUUUUUGAACUUAAAGUAGCUAAGGCAAUUUUUACAAAUUUUAUUCUGUAAAUAUUAGUUUAAGCGAUUUUUGUAAAAUGAUUUAAUAUGUAAUUUAUUUUUAGAAUGUACUUAAUUUUCAAUAAUUUUGCGUGAAAUCGCUAUGCUCCAGCGGAGGAGGUUCAUCUUUAAAUAUUUUGAAUGUAAUUCAACUACUAAUUAGAUCCUGGAUCCUUGGAAAAGGCUUCGGAACUUUUGUAAAAAUAUCAUAUAUUACAUAAUAAUUAAUAAAUUAAAUUGGUUAAAGCUAUUUUAACAGAGAAACUAAACAUGUAUGGAGUUGGCGAGGCAAUAUUUUACCAAAAGCUGUUGGUAAAUAAAAGGAUUAUUCGCUCUAUAUUUUAUUAUAGAUAACUAUAUAUUAUAUAGUAAUCUAGUAUUCUCUACCAAAAAUUAAAUUGUGAGUUACUACAGAGUAACGUAAUCAAAAGGUCUGUAAUAUUAAUUUAGAAAAAAUAUAUGAAAACCCUGUUGUUAA